CGCAUGCUGCAGCCUGCGCAGUCCACUCUCAUCUUUUGCCGUGCACGUACAUCAAAUCCCAAAACAUGCCGCGCACAUGGAAAAGGAUUUAGGAGCGCGGAGAAUCCACGCGGGAGGAGAGACUCACCAGCAUCAGUUCAUCACCGGAGAGAGAAAGGCAGCAGGUUCACGUUUGACCGCGUGGAGGAGUAACGUCUUACUCCGCCGGCCCCGCUGGACUCAUGAUGGCCCUCACGGUUCACCUCAAGUCGGUCGCCAACCUCCGGGGGAAAGGUGACCGCAUCGCCAAAGUCACAUUUCGCGACUGCGAGGCAGUGAAGGUGUCCAGAUGUGAUUGGCUGAGCUAGUCAGGGGGCGGGGACUGUGCAACCGAAGACGUCGUUGAGAGGUUGUCCUUCUACAGCCGUGUGGCGGCCAACUGCGAGGCGGUGGCUCACUUUAAUGAGAUGUUUCAAUGGCCAAUUGCGAGCAGGCUGGAUGGCAGCGAGAUGCUGGAGAUCCAAGUGUACAACUACAGCAAAGUUUUCAGUAACAGACUCGUGGGGACUUUCUGCAUGGUGCUCCAGAAGGUGGCGGAGGAGGGGCAGCUUGAGCUGACUGACACGUUCAUCGACGAUAAUAACACAUCCAUAAACACCAGCGUUACCAUAGAGAUCAGAUACCAGUCGAUGGAUGGCACAGUGGGCAUGCGGAGUAACGGAGAGUAUCUGGAUGUUCCCGACGACCGUGAUGGGAUAUUCACUUUCGAGACAGACAGCUUGCUGUCGGGGCAAAGCCACGGAUCGGCGGCCUCUGCAAAACGAUCUUUGCAAGGAUCCAUACCGACGUUCAGAAAAUCGGGGAAAGGCGUGUUUGCAGCCAUGAAGCUCGGCAAGAUCAGGAGCUCAAAAGAUGAUCACAAGAAAGAUGAGCCGGCAGUGCUGGAAAUGGAGGACCUGGACAAGAAGGCGAUGCGUCUCGCUGGAAUGUUGGAACCGGACGCCAUCUCUUUGGCCUCUGUCACUGCCGUCACCACCAACAUCUCCAAUAAGAGGUCCAAACCAGAUAUCAAGAUAGAACCAAGUUCUGGACGACCAGUGGAUUACCAGAUUAGCGUCACGAUCAUCGAGGCCCGCCAGCUAAUUGGCCUCAACAUGGACCCGGUGGUGUGUGUGGAGAUUGGCGAGGAGAAGAAGUACACGUCCAUGAAGGAGUCCACCAACUGCCCUUACUACAAUGAGUAUUUUGUCUUUGACUUCCACGUCCCCCCUGAUGUCAUGUUUGAUAAGAUCAUUAAGCUCUCGGUUAUUCACUCUAAAAACCUUCUUCGGAGCGGAACGCUGGUGGGAACCUUCAAGAUGGAUGUUGGAACUGUUUACCAUCAGCCUGAGCACCAGUUCUACCACAAGUGGGCCAUCCUGUCCGACCCCGUUGACAUCACGGCGGCGUGCAAAGGCUACCUGAAAUGUGACAUCGCCGUGGUGGGCAAAGGCGACAACAUCAAGACCCCGCAUAAGGCCAACGAGACCGAUGAGGAUGACAUCGAGGGGAACCUGCUUCUCCCCGAAGGCUUCCCGGCAGAGCGUCAGUGGGCGAGGUUUUACGUGAAAGUUUACCGCGCCGAGGGCCUUCCAAAGAUGAACACCAACAUCAUGGCUAACGUCAAGAAGGCCUUCAUUGGAGAGAACCGGGACCUGGCGGACCCUUACGUUCAAGUGUACUUUUCUGGCCAGAAAGGGAAGACCUCGGUACAGAAAAGCAGUUAUGAACCCAUCUGGAACGAGCAAAUCGUCUUCACCGAGCUCUUCCCUCCGCUCUGCAAACGCAUGAAGGUCCAAAUCCGUGACUCGGAUAAAGUGAAUGAUGUUGCUAUAGGAACCCACUUCAUUGACCUGCGCAAAAUAUCCAAUGAGGGCGACAAAGGGUUUUUGCCUACCUUGGGUCCGGCCUGGGCCAACAUGUACGGCUCCACACGCCAGUACACGCUCAUGGACGAGCACCAGGACCUAAACGACGGCCUGGGCGAGGGCGUAUCCUUCCGAGCCCGUCUGCUGCUGUCCAUCGCCGUGGAGAUCCUGGACACGACGUCCCCGGAGAUCCUCAGCUCAACCGAGGUGCAGAUGGAUUCCAUCUCAAACAUCUCGGAGAGCGCCACGGGGAAGAUGGAGGAGUUCUUCCUCUUCGGCGCCUUCCUGGAAGCUACCAUGAUUGACCGAAAGAUUGGCGACAAGCCGAUUACUUUUGAGAUCACAAUUGGUAACUACGGCAACCAGAUAGAUGGCACGAGCAGGCCAUCGUCCUCGAGGAAGAAGAAAAAGGACGGCGAAAGCGACGAGGAGGACAGCGAGCUCAUCCAAAACUCGAGCGAAGACGAGGCCGACGAGGAAGGCCACCUGGAGUCGGUCUCCUGCACGCCUCCCAUGAAGCCCGUCGUCACGGACAGGAAUUACUUUCACCUUCCGUACUUUGAGAAGAAACCGUGUGUGUACAUCAAAAGCUGGUGGCAAGACCAGAGACGACGACUGUACAACGCCAACAUGAUGGACAAGAUUGCCGACAAGCUGGAGGAGGGCGUAAACGAUGUUCAGGAGAUCAUUAAGACAGAGAAGGCCUUUCCAGAGCGCCGACUCAGAGGAGUCCUCGAGGAACUGAGCUUCGGCUGCAGUCGGUUUGUAAAUUUGGCGAACAAGGACAUAAACCAGACGGGCAGAACCAAACUGGAUCGGGAAAGACUCAAGUCCUGCAUGAGAGAAAUGGACAACAUAGGCCAGCAGGCCAAACAGAUGAGGAUGCAGGUGAAGAAAAACACAGUGAAAGACAAACUAAAGAUGGCCCAAAACUUCCUGCAGAGGCUUCGCUUCCUCGCUGACGAGCCACAACACAGCAUCCCAGAUGUUUUCGUGUGGAUGAUGAGCAACAAUAAGCGCAUCGCGUACGCCCGCAUUCCCUCCAAAGACAUCCUCUACUCGGUCGUGGAUGAGGAGACCGGGAAAGACUGCGAGAAAGUCAAAGCUGUCUUUCUCAAGCUGCCUGGUAAAAAGGGUUUCGGCCCAGCCGGUUGGACCGUCCAGGCUAAGCUGGAGUUGUACUUGUGGCUUGGCCUCAACAAGCAAAGGAAAGAAUUCCUGAGUGGUCUUCCCAACGGUUUUGAAGAACUGAAAGUUGCCAAAACAGACCGCUAUCUUCACUCGGUGCCGCCUGUCAGCCUAGUGUACAACAGUAAGUGCGCACUCAGGUUUUCAAUAAGCGGCUUCCAAGCUGAUAUGUUGUUGCGUCCGACAGUGAAGCAGGUUUUCCAGCUGAGAGCGCACAUGUACCAAGCGCGAAGCCUGUUUGCCGCCGACAGCAGCGGCCUCUCCGACCCCUUUGCCAGAGUCUUCUUCUCCACUCAUAGUCAGGUCACGGAGGUUCUGAGCGAGACCCUGUGCCCCACUUGGGACCAGCUGCUGGUUUUCGACGACGUGGAACUGUUUGGGGAGGCCAGCGAGCUGAGAGACGACCCGCCAAUCAUCGUGGUGGAAAUUUACGACCAAGACACAGUGGGCAAGGCGGAGUUCAUAGGUCGGACAUUCGCCAAGCCGACCAUCAAGAUGUGCGACGAGCACUACGGCCCCCCGAGGUUUCCACCGCAGCUGGAGUACUUUCAGAUUUACAGAGGGAACUGUACUGCUGGAGAACUGCUGGCUGCCUUUGAGCUCCUUCAGAUACCUUUCAAUGGCGAAGAGAUUAGACGAGCUCUGAUUGCUGUCCAUAACUUUGCUGUUCCUCAGAUAAAGAUUGGUCAAGGAGGGUCGGCCGAUCUUCCUCCCCUCGAAGGACCAACAGACUCCGAGCGAGGCCCAAUUAUCCCGGUGCCAUUGGGUAUCCGACCUGUCCUGAGUCGCUACCGCAUCGAGGUCUUAUUUUGGGGUUUAAGGGACCUAAAGAGGAUUAACCUGGCCCAGGUGGAUCGACCCCGUGUGGACAUCGAGUGUGCUGGGAGAGGUGUUCAGUCCGUCCUCAUCCAGAACUACAAGAAGAACCCAAAUUUCAGCACAUUGGUCAAAUGGUUUGAGGUGGACCUCCCUGAAAAUGAGCUCCUCCACCCGCCACUCAACAUCAGGGUGGUGGACUGCCGGGCCUUUGGUCGCUACACCUUGGUUGGUUCACACGCAGUCAGCUCUCUGAGGCAUUUCCUCUACUCUGCUCCCAAUAAGGCAUCGAGCAACUCGGGGAGUGCAGCCAAACUAAUGAAUGGCUACAUGGUCCUGACCAAUGGCAGUUCUCAGCAUGGCUUUUCACCCAGCGUUUCCUCGCGCACUCUCUCCCGCUCUGCAGGCGAAAUCGUCAUCAUGGACUCCAUGGAGCCCACUGUACGGAAAAUGGACACGUGUGUGAAGUUAGAUGCUACAUCUGACGCUGUUGUAAAAGUUGACAUGAUUGACGAUGAGAGUGACAAAGAAAAAAAGAGGAAGAAGAAGAAGAAAAAGAAGGGAGCAGCAGAUGAAGAGGACGAGACAGACGAGAGCGUGCUUGAUUGGUGGUCCAAAUAUUUUGCUUCCAUAGAGACACUGAAAGAGACCCUCAGAGCUCAGGAAGCAGCUCAGGCCGAAGCAGAGGAGAGAGAAGACCUGGAAAUUGCAGCCGAGGCGGCAGAUAUCAAAUGUGAUGACAUUGUUCGGAAAGGCUCCAGGAUGAGGGAGAGGAUCAAGGAGAAGAGGAAUGCCAAGGACAAGAAGAAAGGUCACGCUGUGGACGGAGCUGAGAAACAAAUUGUGAAAUCCAAAGUGGACGAGUUGAUGGUGUACAACAAGGAGCUGGAGACAGAAUAUGGUGACUUUGAAGACUGGCUGCAUACUUUCAACCUGUACAGAGGGAAAGCUGGGGACGACGACGAACAUGCUCUGGAUGAUGACCGGAUUGUUGGACGAUUUAAGGGUUCGUUGUGUAUGUACAAGCUACCAUUGUCAGAGGAGAUUACAAGAGACGUUGGAUACGAUCCAAACAUGGGCAUGUUCCAGAGCAUUCCUCAUAACGAUCCCAUCAACGUGCUCGUCCGGGUGUACGUGGUCAGGGCCACGGAUCUUCAUCCCGCAGACAUCAACGGGAAGGCAGACCCGUAUGUCGUCAUCAAGCUGGGAAAGUCCGAGGUUAAGGACAAAGAGAACUACAUCUCCAAGCAGCUCAAUCCUGUGUUUGGCAAGUCCUUUGACAUUGAAGCAAGAUUCCCCAUGGAGUCCAUGCUGACCGUUUCCGUAUACGACUGGGAUCUGGUCAGUACGGAUGACCUGAUUGGAGAGACCAAGAUCGACUUGGAGAAUCGCUUCUACAGCAAAUACAGAGCCACCUGUGGCAUCUCUUCCACCUACUCUCUCCACGGAUACAAUGUUUGGCGGGAUCCCUUGAAGCCGAGCCAGAUCCUAGCAAAGCUGUGUAAAGAAGGCAAGAUUGACGCCCCUCAAUAUGGCACAGGAGGGAAAGUCCAGGUGGCCAACCGCAUCUUUGUGGGACCAACAGAGAUUGAGGAUGAAAACGGUUUGAAGAAGCAGACCGAGGAGCAUUUAGCACUGACGGUGCUAAACCACUGGGAGGAGAUCCCCCGAGUGGGCUGCCGGCUCGUCCCAGAACACGUGGAGACCAGGCCCCUGCUGAACCCGGAUAAACCGGGCAUCGAGCAGGGUCGUAUCGAGAUGUGGGUGGACAUGUUUCCUAUGGACACGCCGGCUCCUGGACCCGCCAUUGAGAUAUCACCACGGAAGCCUAAGAGAUAUGAGCUCAGGGUGAUUAUUUGGAAUACAGACGAAGUAAUACUGGAGGACGAUGAUUACUUCACUGGGGAAAAGUCCAGUGACAUAUUUGUCAGGGGCUUUGAGCUACGUGUUAUUAUUUGGAACACUGAUGACGUAAUUCUAGAGGACGAUGCUUUCCUGACAGGAGAGAAGAUGUCUGACAUCUAUGUCAGGGGGUGGCUAAAGGGGCAGCAGGAAGACAGGCAGGACACAGACGUGCACUACCACUCCCUGACCGGAGAAGGAAACUUCAACUGGCGCUUCGUCUUCCCCUUCGAUUACCUCAUGGCGGAGGAGAAGAUUGUCAUCUCAAAGAAAGAAUCCAUGUUUUCUUGGGACGAGACCGAGUACAAGAUCCCGGCUCGCCUCACGCUCCAGGUGUGGGAUGCCGACCACUUCUCUGCCGAUGACUUCCUAGGUGCCAUCGAGUUGGACCUAAAUCGCUUCCCUCGCGGGGCCAAGACAUCCAAGCAGUGCUCCAUCGACAUGAUCCGAAACGAGCAGGAACUUCCCUCCAUAUCCAUCUUCAAGCAAAAGAGGGUCAAGGGAUGGUGGCCAUUUGUUGCCCGCGAUGAGAAUGACGAGAUGGAGCUGACGGGCAAAGUGGAGGCUGAACUCCACCUGAUCACUGCAGAGGAGGCAGAGAAAAGUCCAGUGGGACUUGGACGUAACGAGCCCGAUCCCCUGGAGAAACCAAAUCGGCCCGACACCACCUUCCUGUGGUUCCUGAGCCCGCUGAAAGCCAUCCGCUACCUGGUGUGCAACCGCUACAAGUGGCUCAUCAUCAAGAUCGUGCUGGCCCUGCUCCUGUUCGUAAUGCUGGGCCUCUUCCUGUACAGUAUGCCAGGCUACCUCGUCAAGAAGUUGCUCGGCGCCUGAACAGGAAAAACGGGGGGGGGGGUUCUGGAUGAUUGUUAAAGGCUGACUUGGGAUGCUGGCUCAGGUUUUAUACCGCUCCCUCCAUCGACCUCAACCACAGGAAGGGAGCAAAGUUCAUCAGUUUUCAUAUACAGUGGUACAUUGACUUAUUCUUCGUCACUUUUUUUUUGUUUUUGUUUUUUUGCCUUUUUCGCCACCAUCGCACAUAUUUUUCUAUUAUUUCAUGCUUUCAUUCAAUGGAUAUCAUUUUCUUAUUAAUCUCACCGCUCAUUUUUUUUUUCGGGCCUGUGGUUAGAAAAAAUACAUUUGGCAAAAUAUCUGCCCAAAAAUAAAAAUAAUGCAAGCACGAAACACAACAGACACCUGUACUGUCACUACGAGGGAACAAAUGUGAACUCAUGUUUGCUGUAUUUUUCUGCUCCCAUCUAUCGGUGGAGCGUCUGAAACGCACUCGUACUAAGUAAAAUUUUAGCUUGCAACACGUAGAAAAAAACUCUUAAGUUGGGGCACUCGUAAGUCAAGGUACCACUGUACAGCUUGUCACCUUUUACACACGAGCAGAAGCUAAGACUGUCCUAACUUAUGUAAAGCCAAAAAGGGAUUUAUUUAAUUUUUUCGCUCCAGGCUUUUCCCUAUAUCAUUUUAGUGCACUGAUGCUGGUGUCAACACAUUCUAAGGUGUCUUGGCUGGUCCAUCUAUAUUACAGAACACCCAAGUAGGCCAUCUAGGGUCGCCAUUGGCAAUUAAACGUUCCUUCUUACAAGCCAGCAAAGCAUCGGUAUGAUUUAUAAGCUGUUAGUUUGAGUUCCAACUAUUUCAUAUUGUCUUAAACAAGACUGAAUAACAACGGUAAAUAUCCUCUCUUUGUCCAUGUAUAGUACAGAACAAAAGAAUCUCAAAGGUAACCCAAAUUUGAAAUGUUUUGGCAAUGAUUUUUUAACAAUUUCAUUUUUAAUUGUAUACAGCAGUCAGAUGAUUGCGUGGAAAUGUUGACGUUCGUCUCGAUUAUUUUGUACCAAGUGUAGCUGUCGCGGUUUUUGCACACGUCUAAAAUAAACAUGAAAAAUAAAUAAAAUGUCUAUUUUACUAAAGAAAUAAAACAAGAUAAUGAGAUUAUUUAAUAGGAUAUAUAUAAUACGAUAUGAUAUUAAUAUUAAUUAUCAUGAAUCAGCAAAUUGAAAGAUUGUAUAGAAAGCGUUAUUUUUUUUUUCUGCAUAUGUACUGUUAAGUGUUUGCUUCCAUGUCAAAGUGCAUGCAUCGCUGUGACAAAGAAGGUCGCAUGUUAGCAUGACGGUGUGUCGAGCUCAACAGGAAUAUCCAGUGCUGUGUUCAACAUUAGCGGCAAUGUAGAGAUACCUCAGUAUAAAGUACACAUGACUGGAGAGUUAAAAUAGGUCUCAAAGUAAUAAUUCCUUAAAAAAUAAAAAAUAAAAAUAAAUAAAAGUUGGCACGCAAAUUUGAUGUCAUUUUUUCCCCCCCCAACUACACCUGCCUGUACUCGACCUGUUGUUUGUUUGUAUUUCUGAAGUUCACUGAUGACUCACUUCCUUUUUGCACUAAACCUGCCUGUUUUUACCAUGGAUUUGUGUUAUUAUAGAAACGAGUGCAAUAUUUUUUUUGUCUUCCUUUGUUUUUUGCUAUUUGAAAUAAACAGAACAACACAGA